GAAGAUUACUCAGAUAAUGAUCUGAUUGCUAAUGUGAACCCUAGCAUAGCUAGGAGAUUGAUGAAAAGAAAGAGUAAUCAGAAUGAUGCAAAAUGUGUGUCCAAAAAUAAACCCGCUGCUAAGAAAUCUAAGGAUGAAGGCAUGGCUGAGAAAAGUAUUCAGACAAAAGGGAAGAAGGCCCAGGUGCAUACUGCUAGACAACCGAUCUCUAAGAAGAGAAAAGAACCUGAAUCUUCUGAUUCUGAUGAGGAAUCAGAAUUUGAGAUUGAUGCUGAAGAAACUCCUAUCAGAAGGAAGCUCCCCUCUAGCAAAAUUGCUAGAGUACCUGAAGUCCCAACAGACAACAUCUAUUUUCAUCAUCCUGACAAUGCAAACAGAUAG